AUGAUAAAGAAGUUUCUUGCCAGCUUGGAAGAUCCAAGACGGCCUCUUCUUGCGCCCAACUACUGGAUCAUGAAGAAAAUUGGUUUAAUAUUACCAGAGAAUCAAAUUGCAAAAAUAGCUUACAUUGCAUUGCACGAACUAGUAACAUUUUUCGUGAUAUCGCAAUACAUGGAGCUAUACGUGAUAAGAACUGACUUGGAUCUUGUAUUGACGAAUUUAAAGAUAUCCAUGUUGAGCAUUGUAUGCGUUGUCAAAUCAAACACGUUCGUAUUUUGGCAGAAGUACUGGAAAGAAGUAAUUGAGUACGUGACUAAAGCUGAUAAAUACGAAAGAGAUACUCGAGACUCCAUCAAAGGUAAAAUCCUGGAUAAAUAUACAAAAUAUUGUCGUAUCGUGACGUAUUUUUACUGGGUCUUGGUUUUUACAACUUUUGUCACCGUAACACACACUCCACUUUUAAGAUUCGUAUCAUCUGUGAAUUAUCGUGCCGACCUACGAAAUGGAACUGAGCCGUUCCCGCACAUUUUUAGCUCAUGGAUGCCAAUUGACAAAUACCAUUCUCCAGGCACUUGGAUAACUGUGACUUGGCAUGCUACUAUGUGUGCGUAUGGGGCUAUGAUUAUGGCAUCCUAUGAUACUACUAUUAUAGUUACUAUGGUGUUCUUUGGUGGCAAGUUGGAGUUGCUUCGCGAAAGAAGCAGACAGAUGCUGGGGCAUGGUGGUACUGGAGUUAGCGAGCAGGAGGCUUGGAAGCAAGUCCGCCAGCUACAUAAUGUGCACGUAUUACUUACAAAAUAUUCAAGAUUGUUUAACUCCUUGCUAUCGCCAGUUAUGUUCCUCUACGUGGUUAUGUGUUCUCUAAUGCUUUGUGCGAGCGCAUUUCAACUAACUUCGGCGACUAACGCGACACAAAAACUGCUCAUGGCGGAAUAUUUGGUAUUUGGAAUCGCGCAAUUAUUUAUGUUCUGUUGGCACAGCAAUGAUGUCCUUAUAAAAAGCCAAGACAUAAUUUACGGACCAUACGAAAGCGAAUGGUGGGCCGCAAAUGUCUCGCAACGAAAAGCAAUAUUACUGCUCGCUGGACAAUUUCGUAUAAUUCACAUUUUUAAAGUAUUUUUUAUUAAUAUGGAAAAUCAUAACCCUCCGGAGAGGUCGGUUCCAAUACAGUAUGUGCGUAGUUCUAGAGCCUUUCGUCAGUUUAAGAAUCCACCUCAACCUCAUAUGUGUAUUCAGGAUACUAUAAAAGAUACAAGUGAAAAAUUGUUUAUAAACGUGUUAGGAUGGCAGAAGAUUGCAAAUCCCAAGCACUACUCGGAUCCUAUACCAUUGUAUGGAGGAAUGCAGGUUCCUCAAAACUGUGGUCCAAAUAGCAACCGGCCACCGAUGCUAGUGUUUGCCGUGAUGGUCAACCCGGAUAUCUUGAAAGCCAAUGGAAAGAAUGCAGCCAACCUAACGGAUCGCGAGGCACUAGUGAGUUUGCUGUGUGACUUUGUAGAGGCAAUGAAUCCAGGCUUAUUGCUAGGAAGGGAUCCUGUCAUACUCAAAGACCGCGAUUUAGCUGGUGAACUGAAGGACGUAUGGCUUGCUGUUCAAAACAAAAGGGAAAGAGAGAAGGGGAUGACUCAAGAUGUCAUGUAUAAGGUUUACGAUAUUGAUGGAAUUGGUGGUGAAGAGAACGAGGAAGAUAGAAAUGGAUUGCGCGAUGCUAAACAUAAUGAUGGCGACUCUCCUACUAAAAAACAAGUCAAGUCCUCCAAACAGAUACUCAUGAACGCUGGACAAAAAUCGGAAUUCGACUCAGGUAUGAAUAAUUGUCAAAUCAAAGACAAUAGAUGCAACAGCAUCAACGCAGAUACGACCUACUGCACGCCUGUCUACGGUCAAAUAGUGUCAAGUAGAGAAAAUCAUAACCAAAUUAACGACAUACAACAAAAAUUCGCAGCAAACGAGACUACUAAACCAUCUAGUUCGUUUAGAAAAGACUGGAACCCGGUGCAUGGGAAAACAACGGAAGGCUGGGACGAAUUCUCUAAACGCAACAUAUCUACGAUAAAAAGUGAGGGCGAUAUGAAAAAACAACGUUUAAAAAGUGACAAGUCGAAAGUUAGUAAUGGUAAGGCACAUUACGACUUCUUUCCAGUUUUCGACAAUAAAACGGCAGAAAACGAAGAAUCUGAUGACACUGCCUCAGCUGAAAGAAUUAAACAAGAUAAAAACGAGGAUAAUUCUAAAAUAAUUCUAGACCCAAUGCAGAAAUUAGUUCUGCAUUCGACUGAUAAUAAAAUAUGUGAUAAUAAGACAAGUGCUCUCAGCUCAUUAAGCUCAUAAUUAUAAAGCUUUUACGAAGUUUUGUACGGCCGUUGUAUAAAGUAUGUGCUUUAAUGCUGUUAUUGGAUGUGUUAAACAUGUUUGGGGCAACACAGCAAUCUGAGACGAGCAAUAUGUAUGACUAGUCAAGUUCAUUUGAUGUUUUAGACAAGAUAAUUCUGAAUAUUUUUUAAAGCUUGAGGUAUAUGCCAUUUUCCAAAUAUAAUAAACCCAAAAUUCGUAAAUGACAAUAUUUGUUGCACAAAUACAAUUUGAUGACCUGCAAGUAACUUUUUUGAGUGUUUUCAAUAGUAAAACUAGUCUAGAUGUGUUCUACUUUUUUUCACUAAUCUCCAAUAACAUUAUAUGUUCAUGAUUUUUUUACAAGGAUUUAAUACAAAAAAGAUAUGCAGUACAAAUUGAUUUUAACUAAGUUUUCUUUGGAAUCUCAUUCCUUUAAAAAUAUGUUAUAAAUUAGAUAUAAUAAUAAUAUGUGGUAAGGAUUUUGCGGGAACAAGAGUGAUUUGAACUUCAAAAGUACUUUUACUAAGGAUAAACAUCAAAUGUGAUAUUACAUACUGAAUAGGACACAUCUAGACAAUGCAUGCAUGCGAGUGGAUAAUUUGUAAUAUUUAUGGUUGUGUAUUUUCCUAAGUGUUUUUGAACAAAGUGGGAUUCACCACAGCAACUAUGAGUGCUAGUGAUCGCUAUAUUUCAUUGUUGCCAAUGUAUUGUAAAAUAUUUUUGAAAUUCGGACUUUGAAAUUUAAUGAAUUGCUAAUAAAAAAAAUAAUUUUCAGACAUUAUAAAUUAAUGAUCAAGGAUGGGUGUAAGUAUUUUAAAUUCAAUGUUAUAUUAAAAAGUAAUCCGUAUUAUACUAACUUUACUCUUUUAUAAAAUAAAUUAUACCUACAUCACUGCCAAAACCUAAUAAAAACUAUUUGGUCCUUAAAAUAAUGUUUCAUCUGAUUGUUUGGCAUUUCCUUUAACAACCAAUUGAUAUUCAGUAUAAAUAAAUAUGCUUAGCUUGUUCACCGAGUAUCUCUCCAGUCUUGUCUUUUAGCUGAUAUACUACCAGUCAUUUUAGUAGGCUUGGCUGUUUAGUCACUUAAAGAAAUAAUAACUUUAUAAUUACUAUUUCUUUUCUAUGUGCAAUCUUCUGGGUUAUGUUUUACGUUAUAUUUUACUUAUGAUAUUUUUAGCUGUACGUAGUUAAAGCAAGAUUUUUUUAUUAUGUGUAAUUUUGUAUAACUUAGAACUUUCUAACGAACAUUUUCUAGUUCUCAAUAGUGAUCUCAAUUAUCUUCAAGCUAUAUACUUAUCGGUAUCAUGAAAUCACAAAGUGUAUGUAAGACCUCGAACAAAAUCUGGCACAAAUUAUGCGAUCUAUGAAGUCAAUAUUAUUUAUUUGAUUGUAGUUAAAAUUAAGAUAUUUGUAUGAAAAUAUAUCCGCAAGCUGUUUUUAAUACGACUAGUUCAAUAUACUUAAAUCGAUAUGAACUUCUGUUGAAGGCUCAAGGGUAUUUAUGUAAACCUUGAUGCUAUUUUGUUGAUAUCAUUUUUAGAAAUUAUAUAUUUUUAAGGUCUACUGGUACAUAUAUUUCUGGCCUGUUAUUGGAACUCUUCGAACAAUUUACCCGUAUAGUUUAUUCAUUGUGCAUUUAUUACUAGAAAUUCUACGCGUAUAUUUUGAUGUGCUAUUUUUGAGUUUAAAGAUGUGGUUAUUAUAGACAAGUAUUCCCAACAUUAUAUUUUAGUUUUAGAUAAUUUUAGCUUACUUUGCCCUAGGCAGUGAUAUGAUUAUUAUGUAAUCAUUGUGUUCCUUUUUUAUCGACGGUAUUUUAUUCUCAAAUAUUAUUUUUAUAUUGUAAUUUUAAAAAUUAGGUAUUGAAUCUUAUAUUACCGGCAGACUUACCCAGCGUUUUAACUUUUAUUAUAAAAAGUUCAAAUUUCAGUCGUUAUAUACCCCUGUUUUAUUUAAUUUUUACCCUGUUAUUAUGCAAUUGUAGUCUGGCGUUGUAAAAAGUUUCAUUUUCUUUUAUUUCGGUGUAGUUGUUGAUAACCUGAUAAUAGGCAUUUUUUUAAUUUUAUACCGUUAGGAUAACAUGUAACACAGUGUAUAGUCAACAAAAAGAAACCAGACGUUUAUAACAUAAAUGACUAAAGCGACGAACAAAUCCUUUAAAAUGAGACUUUUGCUGACUGUACGUUGGAUGUACCUAAUAUUGUAAAGGAAUUUAAAUGUCAGAUCUCUUGUUUACAGUAUUUAAAAUUAUUACAAUACAUGUCAUUGGCAAGACCGGA